AGCAUUCAAGAUGACAUGGAAGAUCUGUUGGAACAAGCCAAUCAAAUACAGGAUUCACUCGGACGGACAUAUGGUCUUCCCGAGGAUAUCGAUGAAGAAGAAUUAGAAGCAGAAUUGGACGCCUUGGGGGAUGAAUUGAGUCUUGAAGAAGAGGAACCAUCAUAUUUGCAAGAGACACCGAUGUCAGAUUUAUCGCUUGGAGAUUUGGAAAAUGCAGAGCUUGGAGAUGGAUUGUUAGAAGCACCG